CUUGUCUGCCUCUUAAAACUUUUAUUUUUUACUUUUUUAUAUAUGUGAUAUACAUUAGCAAAGAUAACAUUUUCAUCAACAAUCCUACAAAAAGAGCAAAAUGAGGGCAAAUCAUGGUCACGAGCUACCAGAGGACUUCUGGAUACCCAUCGCUCUGGAUACCAACAACAUCACAUCACUCAGCCCUUUCCUGGUUCCCCAGGAUCACCUGGGGGGCUCGGGUGUCUUUUACAGCAUGGCGGGAUUUAUGUUCUUUGUAUUCGUGGUUGGCACUGCUAUCAACACCCUCACCAUCGCAUGCACCAUGAAAUACAAAAAGCUUCGGUCCCACCUCAACUACAUCCUGUUGAACUUGGCUGUGGCCAACCUUCUUGUGUCCUGUGUGGGCUCCUUCACCGCCUGCUGCUCCUUUGCAUCCAGAUAUUUCAUCUUUGGACCUCUAGCAUGCAAGAUUGAAGGUUUUAUGGCAACACUUGGCGGUAUGGUAAGCCUGUGGUCUCUGGCUGUGGUAGCUUUUGAAAGAUGGCUGGUCAUCUGUAAGCCACUUGGGAACUUUGUUUUCAAGCCCGACCAUGCUAUAGCCUGCUGCGUAUUCACUUGGAUCUUUGGACUGAUUGCCUCAGGUCCUCCACUGGUCGGAUGGAGCAGGUAUAUCCCAGAGGGCCUGCAAUGCUCCUGUGGCCCAGACUGGUACACAACUAACAACAAAUACAACAAUGAGUCCUACGUGAUGUUCCUUUUCUGCUUCUGCUUUGCUGUUCCAUUUGCCACCAUUGUCUUCUGCUAUGGUCAACUGCUCAUCACACUGAAAAUGGCAGCGAAGGCCCAGGCUGAGUCUGCCUCCACCCAGAAGGCAGAGAGGGAAGUGACCAGGAUGGUGGUUGUCAUGGUGCUGGGCUUCCUGGUGUGCUGGAUGCCUUACGCCUCCUUUGCUCUGUGGGUUGUGAACAACCGAGGGCAACCGUUCGACCUGAGACUCGCCACCAUACCAUCCUGCUUCUCAAAGGCUUCUGCGGUCUAUAACCCUAUUAUCUACGUCCUCUUCAAUAAACAGUUCCGUUCAUCCAUGAUGAUGAUGUUGGGGAUGGGUGGAGGUGAAGAGGAGUCAUCAACAACACAGUCAGUGACUGAAGUCUCCAAAGUUGGGCCUGCUUAAACCACGCAUUUCUCUGCCACUGAUGAUUUGUGAAUUGUAAAUAACAAUGAAGAUAUGUAUGUUUUGUCAUAUGAAAAAAUGUGUGA